CCAACGGCGGCCACAGCCGUACUAGCGCACGGAACGCGACAUCCGGUGGCGCUGGAACCGGAUCAACACCGACGACUACCUCACUUCGAUCAUCGGCGGCGUCACUUCCCGUUUCGCUUGGCAAACCUCAUCCUCUAGCCGGCAGGCGAUUGCGUGCGUGCGUACGUGCGUUAGUAAGUCACAAAGGCGCUACCAACCGGGUGCCAUCGGUGGUUGGAAAAACUACGGCCGUAUAAACGUGCGACGUGCGUGUGAAAACCGUGUGCAAGUGAUAACGAGGGCGGCCGUAAGAAGAUAGCAGGGCUAGAAAUGUGGACAGGAUUUUGAGUGCUACUUUUACUGCCCCGAACGUACCGAAAUGAGUUGACUUUGUUUACCCGGGCGCAGUUGGUUUCGAAUUGGCAUUGAUUGGCUUUGCGUUACCCUUCCUUCCUCCCCCAAAACGGGUCCGUCACCCAGGAACUGACAAAAACGGUUAGGAGUCGAAUUUUUUUUCUAUUUCCUGCGCAUUUCGCGUACAAGUGCAUCGCAAUCACGCGCACGCCGUGUGCUGCUGCUAGUCAACAGAUUGAUCGCGUAUAUCACGCAGAGAGAGAGAGAUAGAGAGAGAGAAAGGAAGAGAAAAAAACAACAACAACAGGAAAACGUGUGUGGUGUGAAGAAAAUCUGCACACUUAAAAAAAAAAAGCUUCACGCGGUAGUUCUCGUGCCUCCGUCGUCGAUCGUGUUUACAAACAAACAGCCCUCAGCACCGUUAGCUCAACCACAGGAGGCGAAGAACACCAGCAGAAAGACACAAGGAAAGGAAACACGGCUACACAGUGAUAUCGGUGAAUCCUUGAACUGACGAUGGAAGCCCGGGAAGCUGCGCCGGAAGCGGCCGUGUGGGUCUUCGGAUACGGGUCCUUGUGUUGGUAUCCGGGCUUCGACUAUUCGGACUGCAUCACCGGGUACAUACGCGGUUACGCCCGCCGGUUCUGGCAGGGCAACGUUACACACCGUGGGACGAAGGAGAAGCCGGGUCGCGUGGCCACACUAAUCGAGGACAAAGAGAGUAUUACAUGGGGCUGUGCAUUUAGAGUGACCGGACGACACGCGUUGGACUACCUCCAGCAACGUGAAUGCACUCUCGGUGGCUACAUAACGGAGUACAUCAAAUUCUAUCCUCGCAUCGCCAGUGAGCAGUCCGGCAUUAGUGGUGAAGCAUUUCCGGCGCUGGUGUACAUCGCCACACCGAAGAACGAGUACUGGAUCGGCGAAGAGCCUGUGCUUGUGACCGCCCGGCAGAUCGUCGAUUGCCGCGGACCGAGCGGACACAACGUUGAGUAUCUUGUCCGGCUGGCCAUGUUUAUGCGGGACGAGCUACCCGGAGCGUGCGAUGAGCAUUUGUUCGAGCUCGAGGGGCUCGUGCGUCGGUUCGUGGCGGAAGCGAAUAUGAGCCUCGAGCUGCUACUGAUCGGAAACGUCACGCCACACCGCAUCCGGCGCGAUACGCACGAGGAAGUGCGUCGACACGUCACCUUUGAAUAUACCUCUCGCGUUCCCGAUACCAAGCUCCGGUGCCUCCACAUUUAGUUUAGCAAAAACCCAACCAUUGAGGAUUCCUUUUUAACGCUUACGAUGUUCCCGCUUUUAGUAUGCUUCAGAACCAAAUCGCGCCUUAAUGCAGCACUACGUGCUAGCUCUAUUGGAUAGUGUUAGGCACGAUAAAUUCCACAGUUGACUACAUUGUUUUAUGUUUUAAUGAAAUAAAGAGUCUUA